ACAACAAGAAUCUGAGGAGUGAAACAGAUUCUUACUCCUGUUUUAUACUAAAAGAAAGAAAUGAAAACAAUCAUCAUAGUUUUUGUUCUCCUUGGAGCCAUCUCAGGUUUACCUGAAGAAGAUGACGAGUUCACAGAUUUUCUCAGUGCAUUAAUUGAAGAGCCAGUGCAGGAUUUAGAAGUAAUACCCCAAACAGUGGAGUUAAAUGAGUUUAAUGGUACCUUGAAUUUGCAUUGCUCCUUCGUUGGUAAUGCUACCAACAUCCAGUGGUUGAAAGGCAGCUCUCCGAUCAGUGGUGCAGGAUCCAAUCUGAUUAUACUCAAUGUGACCCGCAACGACCAUGGAUCCUACAGGUGUAAUGUGUCUAACUCUGUGAGUUUUGACAUCAGUGAACCAGCAGAAGUCUUCAUUAACUAUGGGCCAGAGGACAUAGGACUGAAAGUCUCUCCAUCAGGACCGCACCACGAAGGAUCAAACGUCCUUCUGACCUGUUCAGUUCAGUCCAGACCUUCUCCUGAGUUUCUGUGGUUUCUGAAUGGAGAUCGUCUGUCUGACUCUAAACCAGACCUCAGACUGAGCAACAUUCAGACAAAUCAAGAUGGAAACUACAGCUGUGAAGCCUUUAACAGCAAAACGCAGAAAAUGCAAACGUCUCAACCUUUACUUGUCCCAGUAAAUGAACGCAUCUCCAGUGUUGUGGUGGCAUCAGAUCCCACAGACCUGGUUGAGUUCAACAGCUCAGUCCGUCUCUCCUGCUCUGCAUCUGGGUUUUCUCCUCAUUACUUCUGGAUGAACAACGGGUCAGAGGUGACAGCCAGCGACAGAGUUCAGAUCACCGAUGGAGGAUCCACUCUGACUAUCGCCAAGGUGACCCGGCCUGAUCUCAACCUACUGAGGUGUCAUGCCUUCAACUACUUCAGUGAGGACUUCAGUGAUCCAGUUAACAUCUCCAUCUUUUAUGGACCAGAACUAGUCGAACUGACCGUCGUUCCAUCUCAGGAACACUACAAGGAAGGCUCAGACAUCACGUUGAGCUGCUCAGCUGUUUCCACUCCUCCUGCAGAGUUUCAGUGGUUUAUUAAUGAAAGCCUGCUGUCCCAUUCUGGACCAGAACUCAGAUUGAGCAAUGUUGAAGUAAAUCACACUGGAAACUACAGCUGUCGGGCCUUCAACAAGAAAACUCUGAUUCAUCAAGCAUCUCGGCUUUCUGUCAUCUCUGUAGUAGUGGAGUCUGGAGGUCUCCCAGCCGGAGCCAUUGCUGGAAUUGUGCUCGCAUGUUUAGCAGUUUUAGUUUUAGUUGCUGCUGGAGUCUAUUUCCUUUACAGAAGAAAAAAAAAUGUCAAACCCAAACCUAAAAAAGACAACAAACCUGAGCCUAGGAACCAGAGGGAGGAGCGUCCAUAUCAAAUGGAGGAGGAUGUCACAGGCAGAAGACCUGAGCCUAGGAACUGGCAAGGGGCGCGUUCACAUCAAAUGGCUGUCACAGACAGGAGACCUGAGCCUAAGAACUGGGAGAGGGAGUCUUCACGUCAACCAGAUCAUGUGUACGAGACAAUGUCACAGAUUUAUGAUGAGAUAUAAAAUCUGCUUUCUUUGUUAAAAGGUUAUCAAAAAAAGAAGAAUCAUGAAACUACAUUACCAGUUAGAGGAAGGGAAAAGACUUUAUCGUAUGUUUACUGUUUUUUGUUUUGUUUUUCCUGUUGUUGUGUUUCCUAGAUCAAUAAAGACAAAUAAAAUUUACACACCUAAAGGACUGCCAAUAAUGUGUAUAGAUAGGUAAAUGAUUGUUUUGAAAGCUACAAUAAUAAAAACAUUUCAUAAGUCUUUAAUAAAUCUUAAGUCUGACAACAAUACCCUUUUAAAAAAUCUGUGUCUAUUCAGUUUUAUAUAUUAAUAGUACUAGUACUAUUAAUAUAUAAAGCAUAUAUAUUAAUAGUAAAUGUAAGUAUGGAUUACUUAUAUUCCAAAAGCUUUUAUUUGUACAUCAGGGGCUUUCAGUCUCCAAAAGCAUCAAAUUGUCUCCCUCUAGUGGUUAAAAUCCACAUGACGCUCAAUUAGACACUUUUCCACGCUUGACAGAAGUUUGAAAAGAUGGCAGGUGUGUGUGGGAGUGGAGAAUAGAUGUUAAUUUGUUUUUCUCAUGAAUAAGAUCACGUCUGUUUCUUGUUGAAUGUUCAAGCUAUGGAUUAUGUAGUUUUAGAUUAUGAACCAGAAAUAAUCACUGAGAAAAUUAUACAACAGGUGUUUAUUACAACACCUUACCCACUAACCAGCUGUGGUGGAGUUAUAUACUGUAUGUUCUUAUAUAGAUAAUUCUCUAACACAGCAGUUGGAGUAAUCUGCUCCCUACUUACUUAUCUUUUUAUUGUACAAAAAAUGAUUAAAGUCAGUCAAGCAGGAAAUAAUUGAUUACUUUGUUCAAGCACCUUGGUGGCCACUGGUUGUUGUGUUUAUUUAUUUAGCUAUUUAUCAUUUGCUUUUCCUGAUCCUGAAAUAAUGUGGAUAGUCUGUUAUCUGCAGUGAGUUUGAAUAUUGUUGUUUUAUUGAUUUUAUAGACAAAAGUCAAGUGAACACUUCAGAAAUAUUGAACUGGGAAUUAAAUAUAGUUUAGCUAUUAAACAAAAAGAGUACUGAGUCAUUUGUUCCUGAAAAGAUGAAACUGUUAACAGUUUGGUAAAUGUACAACUAUUUCAGUGCAUUUUACUGUUUCAAGAUUAAUUUCCCUUUAGAUUUCUGAAAGUAACAGCAACAGAACUAAAAAUAUCAGUGUGAAAAGUCAAGGUUUACAAAGAAACCUCAUGUUUAAUAAUCAUUGUCAUUGCAGCAGUGUUUUAAUUUGAUCUGAUGAAAUUGUAAAUCAGAAAAGAAGUUGGUCUACACAGUCCCUGCUGGAGUUUUUCCAAAUCUGAUGCAAUAAAACGUAAAUCCAG